UUUCAGUCCCUUGUCGUAUAAAAGUAGCUUUAUUAGCAGAUAUUUUCAGAAAAUGGGAUAGUCUGCUGUAAGUGAACUGAGCCAUGUUUAGCUGUUUAGAGCAAGAGCUUCACAGCCUGGACAGCGUUCAGGGCAGUGGGAAUCAGAGAAUAAAGUUGGUGAUGACAGAGAAAGGCACUGGUGCUCCUGUGGUGGCUCGGACGGUGCUGCAGCAGUGUCUGCAGGCCAGACUACAGGUGAAACCAGCAGAUGAACACUCAGAGGCUGAGUUUGUACAGAUAGAGAGAGGAAUGGUGAUCUACGUCUGUUUCUUUAAAGGAGCUACAGAUGACAUCCUCCCAAAGAUGGUGUCCACACUGUUAAAUCUGCGUCUGUGUGAGUCCGACUCAGGGAAGUUGAUGUCAGUGCUGGAGCUUCCUGGCAGCGUGCUGAUCGUCCCUCAGGCCACACUGGGAGGGAAGGCCAAAGGCAGAGCCAUGCAGUACCACAACAACAUCAGCAAAGAGGACGGCCUGCGGCUCUAUGGCACCUUUGUUUCACUUUGUGAGAAGGAACUGAUGUCUGCUGCUGCUUCAGGUGAAGCUGGAGUGAUGCUGAAACAUGGGACGUAUGGGAACAGACAAGUGCUGAAGCUUGACACCAACGGACCCUACACACAUCUGAUGGAGUUCUGAGCCGCAGAGAAAAUUAAGGCGUCCUUGUGGUCAUUCUGGAUUUUGUAAAUGUAUCUGAAUUAAUGUGAAUACCUACAAACGGAGAGAUAAAAUAACUUUGACAAUAUUUCUUUUAUAUUAAAUAAAAAAGGAAACUUUGAA